AUGGCCUCCUUAUAUGAUUCUGGAACCCGAUGCUGGUAUCCUGAUGAAAAGCUUGGAUGGGUUGGUGUAAUUGUGAAAUCCAACACUGAGAAGAAUGGUAAACACGUCUUGGAGUUGGUCACAGAAUCGGACGAUUCUAAUGUUUUCACUGUUGAAACAGAUCACUUGAGUGAGGAUAAUAAUGAUUUACCGGCUUUGCGUAACCCUCCAAUCUUAGAGGCCGCUGAGGAUUUGACGUCAUUAUCUUAUCUAAACGAGCCUGCUGUUUUGCAUGCCAUUAAGGUUCGGUACUCUCAGUUGAACAUCUACACGUAUUCGGGAAUUGUUUUAAUUGCCACUAACCCAUUUCAGAAGGUUGACCAACUCUACUCUCAAGAUAUUGUUCAAGCUUACGCUGGUAAGAGAAGAGGUGAGUUAGAUCCUCAUCUCUUUGCUAUUGCCGAAGAUGCUUACCGAUGCAUGAAAGAAGAUGGUAAAAACCAGACCAUAGUUGUCAGUGGUGAAUCAGGUGCUGGUAAGACUGUUUCUGCGAAGUAUAUCAUGAGAUAUUUUGCUUCUGUUGAAGAAGAAUCCGAGUUACAAAACAAGAUCGGGACGGAGCACAAAUCUGACAUGUCAGAUGUGGAAAGACAAAUUUUGGCCACCAACCCUAUUACAGAAGCAUUUGGUAACGCAAAGACCACAAGGAAUGACAACUCGUCAAGAUUUGGAAAAUACUUGGAGAUUUUGUUUGAUGAAAAUACUUUGAUCAUCGGUGCCCGAGUAAGAACUUACUUAUUGGAAAGAUCCAGAUUAGUAUUUCAGCCAACAAAUGAAAGAAACUAUCACAUCUUCUAUCAGAUGUUGGCGGGUAUGACUGAUGAUGAAAAGUCGGCACUUGGUUUGACUACUGCUGAAGAUUUCAAGUACACUAACCAAGGAGGUGCUGUGACUAUUCCUGGUGUAAAUGACGGGAAGGAUUUCCUUCUAACAAACGAGUCCUUAUCUUUAAUUGGCAUUGGAGAUGAGAAACAGGCCGAAAUUUAUAAGAUAUUGGCGGCUCUAUUGCACCUUGGUAAUAUUGAAAUUUCGGCGACCAGAAAUGAUGCGCAUUUGUCUUCGGAUGAACCCAACUUGGUUAAAGCCUGCCAGCUAUUGGGAAUAGACGCUCCUGAUUUUGCUAAAUGGUGUGUCAAGAAACAAAUUACAACUAGAUCUGAGAAGAUUAUUAGUAAUUUAAACCACAAGCAAGCUCUUGUGGCAAGAGAUUCCUUUGCCAAGUAUAUUUACUCAGCACUUUUCGAUUGGCUUGUUGACUAUAUCAAUGUUGAUUUAUGUCCACCAGAAGUUGCUCAGAAAGUGAAUUCUUUUAUUGGAGUUUUGGAUAUCUAUGGAUUCGAACACUUCGAGAAGAAUUCAUUUGAGCAAUUUUGUAUCAACUACGCUAAUGAGAAAUUGCAACAGGAAUUCAACCAGCAUGUCUUCAAAUUGGAGCAAGAAGAAUAUGUCAGAGAAGAGAUCGAAUGGUCCUUUAUUGAUUUUGCUGAUAAUCAACCAUGUAUUAAUUUGAUUGAGAACAGACUUGGAAUAUUAUCUCUUUUGGACGAAGAGUCUAGAUUACCUGCUGGAAAUGACCAGUCGUGGAUUGAAAAGAUGUACCAAACUCUCGACAAGGAGCCUACAAAUAAGGUUUUCAAGAAACCAAGAUUUGGUCAGACGAAGUUCAUUGUUAGUCAUUAUGCACUUGACGUGAUCUAUGACAUUGAUGGUUUUAUCGAAAAGAACAGGGACACAGUUGGAGAAGGACACUUAGAAGUUUUAAAGAAUAGUGAGAAUGAAUUGUUACAAAGUGUUUUGGCAGUCAUUGAUAAGAACUCUACUUCUAUGGAAGCAUCUAAUUCCACUGCCUCUGGGAAGAAGUCCAUUGCAUCUAAAAAACCUACAUUGGGUUCCAUGUUCAAAAAUUCUUUGAUAGAACUCAUGAAGACCAUCGACACGACCAAUGUCCAUUACAUUAGAUGUAUCAAGCCUAAUGAGGAAAAGAAAGCUUGGGAGUUUGACUCUUUGAUGGUCUUAUCGCAGUUGAGAGCAUGUGGUGUUUUAGAAACUAUCAGAAUCUCUUGUGCUGGCUUUCCUUCUCGUUGGACAUACGUUGAAUUUGCAGACAGAUACCACAUUCUAGUUCCUUCUGAAGAUUGGAUCAAGGUCAUGAGCGGUGAUACUACACAAGAAUCUGUUUCUGGUCUAUGUAACCAAAUCUUGGAUGAGAAUAUUCAAGACAAAAAGAAAUAUCAAAUGGGAAACACCAAGAUUUUCUUCAAGGCGGGUAUGUUAGCUCAGUUCGAGAAAUUGAGAGCUGAUAAGUUGCAUAAGUCGGCAGUGAUGAUUCAGAAGAAUUUGAGAAAGAUGUAUUUCCGCAAACAGUACUUAUCGAUCCGCGAAUCGCAUAUCAACUUGCAAUCCCUCCUACGUGGAUCCAUAAGAAGAAGUGCAGUUCGAAAGGAGAGGGAGAUCAAAGCUGCCACUAAGGUACAAACGGCAGUUAGAGGCUUUCUUGCAAGAAGACAAUACAAACACACACAAUCUUCCAUUCUUACCUUACAAAGAGCGAUCAGAGGAUUUCAAGCCAGAAAAACUUUCCAAGAGUUGCGUCUUGAAAGAUCGGCUACAGUUUUGCAAAAAUCUUAUAGAGCAUUGGUUGCAAGGCGUCACUUCGCUUCUCAAAAGCGGUCCGCAAUUGUAAUUCAAUCAUUAAUCAGAAGAAAGUUUGCACAAAGGGAAUUGCAGCAAUUGAGAGUUGAUGCUAAAUCCGUGAAUCACCUAAAGGAAGUUUCUUACAAAUUGGAAAAUAAGGUGAUAGAAUUGACCCAUUCUCUUACCAGCAAGAUCCAGGAUAAUAAGAAGCUUGUCAUUGAGAUCACCAACCUCAAGGAUUUGUUGGCACAAUCUAGCACUGCGACAGAAACGUUGAAGACUAGAGAAGCUGAAUUCAACAAGAAGUUAGAUUCAUCGAGCACUGAACACCAUAAGGAGAUCGAAAAUUUGAAUAAGGAGUUGGAGUCAAUUAAGAACGAAUAUCAAUCCGCUGAGUCAAAGAUUGAGGAGUUGACUAAAGAGCAAGCUGAUUUGAGACAACAGGUUCAGAAGAAUAUUGAAGAGCUCAAUCAGGCGAAGGAUGCUCUCGUUAAACGUGAUACUAUUGAAAUCGAUUUGAAAUCUCAUAUUGAACAACUCAAGUCUGAGCUAGCUGCACUUCAAUCUGAACACUUGGCGAAGAAUGCAAAGGCACGGAAUGUUAGCACCAAACGUCAUAGUAGUGCCGCUGGUUGGACUAACCCAUCCAAUUUAGAUCAACUGCAGAGGCCCGUUUCUGUUAUAGCCGUCUCGAAUGACGAAUUCACUGACGUUGAUGACAUAAAUGAUGAAUUGUUCAGAUUAUUGCGGGAUGCCAGACAAUUGCACAGGGAAAUUGUUGACGGUUUAUUGAAAGGCUUGAAAAUCCCCCCAGCUGGCGUUGCUGCCGAUUUGACGAGAAAAGAGGUCUUGUUCCCAGCUAGGAUUAUCAUCAUUAUUCUAUCAGAUAUGUGGAGACUUGGAUUGACAAAAGAGAGCGAGGAGUUUUUGGGUGAAGUCUUGGCUGCUAUUCAGCAGAUUGUAUCAACAUUGAAGGACGACGACGUCAUUCCUAACGGAGCUUUCUGGUUGUCCAAUACUCAUGAGUUGUAUUCAUUUGUAUCAUAUGCUCAGCAGACAAUUAUUGCCAAUGACACAUUAUCUCAUGACAUGAGUGAAGAAGAAUUCGAAGAGUACCUAAAGUUGGUUGCAGUUGUUAAAGAAGAUUUUGAAUCACUUUCUUACAACAUUUAUAACAUGUGGAUGAAGAAAAUGGAAAAGGAUUUGGAAAAGAAAGCUGUUUCUGCUGUUGUUAUUUCCCAGUCACUUCCUGGUUUCAUGGCUCCAGAAAGUUCUCCAUUUUUGGCAAAGGUGUUCUCACCAGGUGUCCAAUACAAAAUGGAUGAAAUUUUGUCUUUCUUUAAUUCCGUCUAUUGGUCGAUGAAAUCUUAUUUCAUUGAGGCUGAGGUUAUCAAUAGUGUCAUUGUUGAGUUGUUAAGAUUUGUCGAUGCAUUGUGUUUCAAUGACUUAAUUAUGCGGCGUAACUUCUUAUCUUGGAAGCGUGGUUUGCAAUUGAACUAUAAUGUUACGCGACUUGAGGAAUGGUGUAAAGGGCAUGAUAUUCAAGAAGGUUCUGCGUAUUUGAGUCAUUUGCUUCAGGCCGCGAAGUUGUUACAGUUGCGUAAGAACACGCCUGAAGAUAUCGACAUCAUCUAUGAGAUUUGCUUUGCCUUAAAGCCAAUUCAAAUUCAGAAGUUAAUAUCCCAAUAUUUUGUUGCUGAAUACGAGACACCAAUCGCACCAGAUGUGUUACAGGCUGUUGCUGACAAAGUAAAGAGUACAGACGGUUCGAACGAUGAUUUGUUUGAGGUUGUCGCUACUGACGGUCAUUUCAACGAUCCAUUCAGAAAUGUUAAUUUGAGGCCAUUCUCGAGGGUUGAGGCAUAUGUUCCGGCUUGGUUGAGCUUACCGGUUAUAAGAAGAAUUGUGGAAUUGGUCGCUAAAAACGCAUCAGUUCAAGAGGCCAGAAUUUCCGAAAAGAGUUUCUCAAAUGGCGAGAUUACUCAAGAUGUUCAGAAGGACCCUCGAUCAGAAAUGGCCUAG